AUGGAGGACAUUUUAAAGGAGAUCAUAUCAUUAAGCGAGAAAAAAAAAAAAGAGGAAAAGGGAAUGCAUGAACAUGUGCAGGAAGAAAAUUGCAUGAAUGGAGAAAAUUGGAAGAGGGGAGAAAACUCGAAGAGGGGAGAAAACUCGAAGGGCGGAAAAUUAAAGUGUGAAAAUGGAAAAGAAAGAAAACAUAGUGAUGAUCUGAAAAAAAAAAAAAAAAAAAGGGGAGAUUCAUUCUUGGUACAUAGUGAAGAGAAAACGGAUUGGGGGGAUGAUGCAUCUACUAUAUGUCCAAUGGAAGAUGACAUAAGUAUAGAGAAAGCAAACAUUUUUAGUAGAAUAAUAAAUAAUAACAAAACCAAUGAAUAUAAUGUUUAUUUUAAAGAUAUUGAAAAGAAUGUAGAUGAAAACACACCACUGUUUCAUAGUGUAAGCAGGUUAAGUACGUCAACCCAGUUGGACGCUACAACCCAGUUAGACGAAACAACCCAGUUAGACGAAACAACCCAGUUAGACGAAACAAACCCGUUAAACACUUACCUCCUAACAGUGAACGACAUCAACAUGAACAUUGCAAAUAUUUACAAAAAUAUUGACAAGAUCAAUGUUAUAAAAAGAAAAAUUGACUUGAACAUAUAUGAUAAUGAAAAGCUGUACACGAAAGUGAACGUUAUAAUUAACAGUUCGGAAGAAAUAAUUAAUUAUAUUAAGAUAAAAAUUAAUCAAAUAAAUAAGGACAAUGAGAAUUUUGAAAAGGGUAAUAAUAGUGGUAGUAGUAGCCAUAGUAGCUGUGGCAGCCGUAGUAGUACCAUGCUUAGCGAAAUAAAAUUACGAGUUAAUAUAUUCAUUGAUGUAGUAAAUAAAUAUAAAUGUUGUAUUAAUAAAUAUAAAAAUAUUUGCAAUCAUUAUUAUGAACAUGUUAAUAAAAAUAUUAUGAAACAUUACAAAUUAAUCCAUCCAAAUAUAAGUGAUCAUAGUAUACAUAAAUUAUUAAAACAAAGUAAUUACACCAUUGAAGAUUUUCUUAAUAUUAAUAAUACUUGCUAUAACAAUAAUAUGUAUUGUACAGAUAUAGAGCAAAUACAAAUAGAAAAAGUAAAAGAAAAAUACAAACAGCUAAAAAAAUUGGAGAAAAAUAUUUCCUCAUUAAAUGAAUUAUACAUCGAACUAGCAUAUGUUAUAAAGAAAAGAAAAAAUAUAAUCAAUGAUAUUGAAAAUAAUACAUUCCAGAUGAAGGAAUACACAGAUGAUGCACUACUAAAUAUAAUCGAGGCAAAAAGAUAUAACGCAUUAAUUAAGCAAAAAAUUGUCUAUUUCAGUGUAUUCCUGCUAAUAAUUGCCUUCAUUAUUCUUUGCCCCGUAUUCUUCAAUGUUGCUCUGUUCUAG